AGUCGGAUACCGUGUGUAGCACUUCCCUCUUUCACACAAUUUCGCAAGUUCGCAACGCGCAAACUAAACCUAGACAGUUCAUACCGGCCUCGAUUUUCAAACAAGGAAUAAUGGAGGAACACCAAGGUCAAGGACUCGAGCCUUCGAAUCCUGCUUGUCUCCAUUUAUUCUCAGCUUUCGUCGCUAUGGAGCCUAUCGAUUGCUUAAUCUCCUUGGCCCGAGAAUGUGGUGGAGGGUCGAUUUCCCAGGAAGUUCAGAGUUUCAUUUGGGAGCAGUGCAUUAGUAAUGCUGGGAGCAGGAAUCAUCCGAGCGAUUCAUACAUAAAGAACUUUCUGAAGAGGGUUAUCGUUGAUGUGGAGUCAAAUUCAGAUAAUGCGUUGGAUGAGUUAUACGAACAGUAUGCAUGCUAUAUGACAUCAUUAAAGGAUGAUGGUUCGUUGAAGGUCAAUACCAAGGUCUGCAAGACCAUCUCUUUUCUAUUUCCUGAUGGUUCCUCCGAAUUAUUAAGUUGUCCAAGAUCAAUGAAAAUUGUAGUUCCAUUGCUAUGUUCACUCAACAUGCUGGAAGGAGAUACUGGGUGUGCCAUUUGGCCGUCAAGUCUUUUCCUGUCAGAGUUUAUACUUUCUUACCCAGAAAUAUUCUCUAGUAAAUCUUGUUUUGAGGUAGGUUCAGGUGUUGGUUUAGUUGGUAUUGCUCUCACCCAUGCAAAAGCCUCCAAGGUGAUACUAAGUGAUGGUGACCUGUCAAGUUUAGCAAACAUGAAGCUUAAUUUAGAAUUUUAUCAAUUGAGUACAGAGAAGGAGAUGCGUCAAAGCCAAUAUCAGAACUUCAUAAGUUGGGUGGAGUGCAAACAUCUGCCAUGGGAAUCUUCAACAGAAAGAGAACUACAAGAUUUCAUGCCGGACAUAGUGCUUGGUGCAGAUGUAAUUUAUGAUCCAAUAUGCCUGCCACACCUUAUUCGAGUGCUUUCCAUUCUAUUGAACCCAAGUAAAUCCAACCCUCAUGAAGAGAGAGACAAUUGCCUGUGUUUAUCAUCUGAAAAGGGUCAUAUCACUGGUAACGGAGACUAUUGUAAAGAUCACAGUGAGUUUUGUGCAGGUAAAUCUGUUGCAGCUGAUUGUGAUAAUUGCCAGGGAUUUGAUACUCAAGUAGCAGCAGCUCAUAAUCAUGUCCCUAAUACCAAAUCUCAACCCAAUACAACAAAACACCCAGUGGCUUACCUAGCCACUGUUAUACGCAAUGUAGAUACGUUUACUUGUUUUCUCAGACUAGCAGCUGAAGCGCAUCUCUCUGUUGUUGAUGUAACUGAAACUUGGCAGCCACUUAAUUUGCUGCCCUACAUGCAAUCGUACAAUCGGUCUAGUAUACGGUUGUUUAUAAUCUCUUUUUCAUGAAAUUUUAAGAAGGAUGGUGGUAUUGUUGCAAGUCGCUAGUUCCAUAAAUUCGAGCUUAUUACUUGUUUUA